GGGGGGCGGGGCCUCCGCAACGGCCGCUUUGAGGGGGCGCGAGGGCCGGCAGCGCCUGAGGGACGGGGCGCGCGGCCCAGAGCCGGGGCUGCCGCUGUGGUGGCGCCGGGCCCGGCCCGGCCCGUCCCGCCACCUGCCUCCCGCCCCGGUAUCGACGGUGUCUCCGCGUCGGCCAGGUCUGACCCCUCCUCCUCCGCCUCCCGCGGCGGGUAACCAACCAAAGAAGUUAUGAAUAUCAUCUGUGGCCUGAAGUUGUCGGGCAGGAGCUGUAUUUUCUUACAUUUGUCUUCUUUAACCAAGCAGGGAAAAUGCAAUAAUAUCUCUAGGCCUUAUGCUGCGUAUUGCCGAACUCAAGUCAUUUAUACACGAGAUAGAUGCCAAAGGCUGGAUUGGAGAGGAAAUACUAGAAACUGUUUUUUGACUGGAAGCCCUGAGCACUACAGAAACUUCCUCAAUAAAGGACAGAAGUGUCUUUUGAAUUUUUCAAAUACAGAAGUUUACAAGAAUGCAGAGCACAGUUGGGGAAGGUUUUGCUUCCAGUCUUCUUGGCCAUUGGGGGAGAAGACCACAUCCCUCCAGAUCGGUUCUGUAGAGCAACUUCCACAUCGUUGUUCUGCUUGGAACAUUCAGAUCAUCAGGUCUUUUCAUGCAUCACCAUCCUUUCAGGCUGCACCAGUGCCUCUUUUCUGGAUUAUUGUUAAGCCAGCUCAGAAAUUAUUUGCUAUCAUUCUCGGCAGGAGCAUAAGAAAUUGGUGGAAGGCACUUCCUCCUAAUAAACAGGAACUUUUUAAAGAAAGCGCAAGAAAAAAUAAAUGGAAGAUACUGCUGGGUGUCAGUAGCUUAGGAGUCUUAUUUGUCAUGUUCUAUUUUACUCACUUGGAGGAGACACCCAUCACUGGGCGUGCUCGACUGCUGGUGUUUGGAAAAGAGCAUUUUAGAGAACUGUCACAGAUGGAAUACGAUAUGUGGAUGGAGAAAUUCGAAAGUAAAAUGUUACCUGAGACAGAUGCACGUUACCAGGUCGUGGAGAGAGUUGUUGGUCAUUUAUCUGAAAGCAAUAAGGACAUCCCACAGGUCUCGACGCUCAAGUGGCUUAUCCAUGUGGUAGAUGAACCAGAUGUAAAUGCUUUUGUGCUUCCAAAUGGUCAAGUGUUUGUUUUUACCGGAUUGCUAAAUGCAGUUUCUGAUAUUCAUCAGCUGUCUUUCAUUUUGGGACAUGAAAUAGCUCACGCUGUGCUGGAACAUGCAGCAGAGAAAGCCAGCCUGGUUCACUUCUUGGAUUUUCUAUCACUCAUCUUUCUCACCAUGAUCUGGGCCAUCUGUCCUCGUGAUAGUUUGGCAGUUGUUGGCCAGUGGAUUCAGGGCAAGUUGCAGGAGUUUAUGUUUGACAGACCGUAUAGCAGAACAUUGGAGGCUGAAGCUGAUAAAGUGGGACUUCAGUUUGCAGCAAAGGCUUGUGUGGAUGUAAGAGCAAGCAGCGUAUUUUGGCAACAGAUGGAAUUAGCAGAAACCGUUCAAGGGCAGCCCAAGUUACCAGAGUGGCUCUCCACACACCCUUCUCAUGAAAAUAGAGCUGAGCACUUAGACCGGCUUAUCCCAGAGGCUCUUAAAAUAAGAGAGAGCUGCAAUUGCCCAUCUCUUUCUGGACCAGAUCCUCGCCUCAUUUUCAGACUUAACAUGCAACAUCUCCUGGACUCAUCUAAAGAUCGAGCAACUCAAAAUUCUACAAAGCGAGAUCUCUCAAAACCAAAACUGGAUUUUCCUCACACUCAAAAAGCAGAAGAUAUGCCAGUAACUUUUGCAGCUAAACCUACAAACUAGUGAUAAUAAUUUUCACUUUGUGUGAAACUUGUGGUCCCUGAAGGUCUAUCUUAUAACACAAAUUUGUCUUUGAACCAUAAAGAAGACAUGGCCACUCAUAUUCUAUGUUUCUUUUAUAUGAUCUCUCAUUCAAAGCAGUAAGGAACUGUGCCUACACUAGAAGAGCAGCAAUGUUAAGCAGAAAGUUUCUUAUUCAUCAAGAGUUAUUAAAAUAAAUCACUUCUCAGGGGAAAGAUAAUCUCAUACAAUCCAGUCACACUGUAAUUUUCAGCUUUAUCAGGCUCACCUUGAUCAGAGGACGGAUGAGCCAGAAGCGUCCCUAAAGCACAGGAAAAAAGUACAAUUUUCAUCGCUUAAGUUGUCUGGUUUAUCUUGCUGGAAUUUGGGUUAGAUCUGUUCAGCUUCAUUUAAGAAAUAAUGAGGAGAGCUUACCGCCUGUUCCACGUAUAGUAUGGUUAAAAAUAUUAAGUGUAGAUGCAGUAAUAGCUGAUGGGCUAGAUACACCCCACUUAAUUAGGUGGAUUUACUGCUGGGAUUUUUCUUCUUUCUAAGCCAUUUUAGAAUAAGGAUUCAUUCAACAUUUUUCUUCAAAGUGACCUGAGUGGGUUACACAAAGUUGAAUUUAAAAAAAAAAAAAGGAGCUAAAUAAUGUUCAAGCGAGUCAUUCUUCUGAAGAAAACACUGCAUAAGACCCACCGUUGGUUGGACUAGAAUGUUUCACAAGGAUGGCUGUUGGCUUUUUAAAAUAGAUCAGGGUGCCUCAUCAGAGGGCAGCAACAUUUGAUUUGGGUAUAUCCGUCUGGAUAGAACGUGGAAAUACAUCAUGUAGUAGACAAAUACAAAAAAGUUUCUUGACUACACAGCUUUUGCAGCUGUACCUUAUCCUAAAAGAUUACUUUUCUUCAGGAAACUAGCAUCUAAUGUGCAGCAUCCCCCCAACCUCCCUAUGUGACAGAUUUUAUACUGUGAAGACCAAUAUGCACAGUAGAAGUAAAGCUCUGCCUUUUGUGCUGGACUGGCCAGUACAGCCAGCAUGUUCAUCUUUAUUUGUAUCUGUUGAGUUAUCCCUGCUUUGCAGUUGAUGAAAAUAUUGACAUGUUGAUCUUCCAGAAAGACACAGAAAGAGGCGGCAGUGAAUUUAAAUAAAAAAGGGAAAUCCCAUUCCUUUAUCUGUUAAGAAGUACAUUACUUUUUUUUUUGCUGCUGGUGUUAAAACAAAAAUCUGUUUCAUGUAUGGUAGGAUUUUACAUGAAGAGGACAUUAAAAAUAUUUUACAGUGCACUGUAUUUUUAAACAUUUUUAUAUAUGGAGAGGGGCAAACUUAUAAUUUCUUCAAUUAAAGCAGAAUUCAAGCUUUUAAAAAGGAAAAAAAAAAAUAACCUAUUCAGUGCUGUUAGUGAACAUAGUUGGAAAAAGAGAUUGUGAAACAAAUAAUUCCUUCACGGACUUCAUUCGAUGAACCAGGGUCCUUUGAGAAACACCAGCAACUAUCUAAUUUGUCUUUACUCAGAGGUAAGUUGAUGUAUCUGCAAUGUUGAUGAUGCUAGGUCUGAUCAUAUAGGUCUAGAUUGGCUGCAUAUUGCAAGCUGGUUUUAAAUCUCUACUCACUACUCCUGGCAAGAGGCAGAAGGUCCAGCCUGACCAUUGUUCAUCCAUCCAUUCUUAUUCCUAGUGACAGGAGUUUUUUCUAACAGACAUUCAGUGAUGUGUUGAAGCAUUUGGACAUUGUCACCUGAAGGUAAACAGAAAAAUACACCAUUUAGAUUUCCCUGCGGACAUCAUAGUUUAUACGGCAACACCCAGACCCCAGCAGUGCCGCCUCUCUCUUGCUCCAGUGUCAAAGCUUGUUUUGUUACCCAGGGCUCCCGCUUGACAUGCAGCAUGAUGCUUGUGUCUGUUAGGACUAAGGAGAACAUAGAAUGGGUUUUAUAACAUUCAAGAUGAAGUAUGAAACUAUGCAAGUUUCAGAUUUCUACUGCCUGUUUUAAGUGUCUUUAAUACUGCAGUGCAAUGCUGGAAAUACAAUCUUUAAGUUCACCAAGGGAGAUUUUUUCCGAUUUGAACAUAUAUGGUCUUGUAACCAUGAUCAUGGUGAUGUGAGAGAGAAGAUUUCAAGGGAGAGGUGGUAACUUAGAUUGGAGUGACAAAGGGCAUAAGUACUUUUUCCAUCUAUACUGAUCUAACAUCUCUCUCCUUAAAAACCUUACAUAUGCACAUACACACGUGUAUAUGUGUGUAUAUAUACAAAGAACAUGCACAAACACAAGAGUUAGGCCUCUACACUAAAAAACUUUGAAGUCCAAAAUGGGACGUUGAAAAUUUCAGUUUUUACAUCUAGAAUUAUCCGUAAUAUUUUUCUCAAGUGCUUUGGGUGGGUUUCCUUUCUGCUUCUCUUGACUGUCCAACACUGCAAAUGCUUUGUGCUCCUCUGCCUCUUGGAGGGCACUUUUUUCUUACAUUGUUACUGAAUACGUUACAUCUGGCUAUAUUUUUAAAGUAUUUUUUUCUUUCCUGAACAGAAGAAUUAAAAAAAUGUUGCUUUCCAAAGGUUUAGCAAGUCAUAUUAAAAUAGCACUUUUAAAAUUAAAUAACAUAAUAAUUUCAAGUUGUGUGUGCAUAUAAUGAUGUAUUAUUAUGUAUAGUUAAUCUAUAAAAACUCUAAUAAUAUAAUUUUUAAAAUAUAUCCCUUAGGAAAUACUAUGAUUGCAAGCUUUUCGUUGCAGAAACUUUCACUGUAGAUAGCAGUUGUGUAACUUAGUAUGUCUGUCACAGGAAAAUUAUAUUGAGAAGUGUUGUUGAAGGGAUUCAGUUCUUGAAAGGCAUGUGUUGUGCGAGGGGGAGAAUGGUGGCUGAAGUGCAAAAAGGUAAGAGAUGGAUAAAAAUGCAUCUGCAUUUUAUCCACCAAUACUGUAUGUUGUACUUCACAGCUUCCCAAUGAAGGACUAAAUAUAUCGUACAAAUUUCACUUUAAUCUCGUAAUGCAUUCACUGCUGUGGGAGUGUUGAGAGAUUUGAGAAGCAGGGGACAUUCAUUCAAGGCAGUCCUGGAAUAAAAAUGGCUCAUUAUAACUUCGGGGUUGUCAUGCUUACUCUUUAUUUUGUUUUGGUUUCUUAACACAGAAGUGCCAGGAAGGCAAAGCAAACAGCAGUUAGAAUGCUCUUUGUUCUUGAAUUCCGUUUGUAGUCAAUAAAAGAGAACAAUCCUGCAA